AUGAAUGUGAAGCAGACAAAUCAAGUGCGUGUUAAGUUCAAACUAGUACUGUACGUUUUCCUUUUGGAGAGGUUUGUUUCAGUAAUUAUCAAAUUAAACGUAAUUGGCCGGGCAAUUUACUAUUUGGUUUACUUCAAAGCAAAGAUGACGAGAACGUUACCAGUUUCCGUUCGCUUUUGUUAUCUUCUUCUUCAUUUGUAUCUUAUGUCCUUCACCAAGAAAUGUCUGCCAGAAGAAUUCCCGAAUUUAUAUGUGUUUGGAGACUCCAUAUUUGACAAUGGCGUCAAGCGUAGUCAUGUCUCAGGAAUGCGAACAGGCUACUCACCUUAUGGCAUUGAGUGUCAUUGGUAUGACAAAUUCAGGUUCACGAAUGGAAGGACAAUUCCAGAAAUGAUAGCCGUCUCACUCAAAUUGAAGUUGCCAACAUCAUUUGAUGAAUCGGCAUUCUAUCCCGAACAUGGAGUUACUUACGCAUCUGCAUCAGCAGGCAUUCUUCCAGACACAGGGAGUAUAUUCGGAACGAACUAUUGUUUUGAGGAACAAAUUGGAUUUUUCAAGGAAACUUUGGAAAAAAACCUGCGACCCAAGUAUCAAUCCGCCGAGAAGCUCUCCAAAUACUUGUCGGAUUCAAUCUUUUUCAUCAAUAUCGGCAGUAGCGACUAUAUUCACAACUAUCUCCAGCCACAUGACUAUAGUAGUAGCCGGCAAUACAACGGCGAAGAUUUUGCUCAACUCCUUACAACCAAACUUGGAGACCAUUUAAAGGAACUGUACAACCUUGGGGCAAGGUAG